AUGGAUUCGCAUUAUGAGGACUGUGAAGAACUACUCGAGACCGCAACAUACGAAACCUACACUCUGAAGGAGAUACUCUACACCGCCAACUGUAAGCCCCCUGGAUGGGAGGAUUUCUUUGAUCGUGCAGACGUCGUGCAAAUGAUGGAAGUCAUCUCUCAGCAAAUCCAGCAAGACUCUCACCUUGGAAUUAACCCGGAUAUUGGAAACGUCUUUAGAGCGUUUAAUAUGGUUUCACCUGACAAACUCAGGGCAGUGAUUGUGGGACAAGAUCCAGCUCCCCAGCCGGGGCUAGCAACAGGCCUCGCUUUUAGUCUGGACCCCUCGGUCGACCCUUCCGAGGUCCCCAGUGUGCAGAGAGUGAUACUCGAGGCUCGCAACGGGGGAUACUGUGUUAAUACUUCAGAUGGGGUUUUGAUUAAGUGGGCUGAGGAAGGCGUUCUUCUGCUCAACGCAGCGUUGACACUAAUCCAAAACGAUAUAGGUUCUCACAUUGACCUUUGGAAGAAUUUCACCCAAGCAGCCAUUGAUUACACCAACGAUAACACCAGUCCAUCGGUCUGGAUUCUUUGGGGAUACCACGCAAAAGCCUUUGAAAGUAGCAUCGAUAAGAGGAAGCACUACAUUCUGAAGGGGGGCCACCCUUCACCAAAUGCCGAUGGAAAGUACUUUUUCUGUCAUAAUUAUUUUGCAUGUGCUAGUGAGUGGCUGUGUAAGAAAGGGCGUGGCAUGAUAGAUUGGAACCUACUUCCUCUACCUUGCCAAAAGCAUGCAAGCCGUCUUUACCACAGGAUCUAUGAAGACCCAGGUUAUUGCGAUGGAGACCUUUGUGAAAUGUGGUAUUGUCCUUAUUAA